AUGGCUGAAUAUUGGAAAUCAGCACCCCGCCACUGGUGCAAACAAUGCAAGAUCUUCAUCCGCGACACACCCUUCGAAAAGACUCAACAUGAAGCGAGUCCUAAACACCAGGGCAGUCUAAAGCGCUUUCUGCGCGAUAUCCACAAAAACAAUGAAAUGCAACAGAGAGACACAGCGCGCGCCAAAAGCGAGGUAGAACGUUUGCGACAAGCUGUCUCGGGCGAACCCUCCGCAUCCCAAUCCCAUUCCGAAGGCAAACCCCCCGCACCAGCUAAACGCGCGCCUGCGCCAUCCGACCGGCCCGUAAGCGUGGAGGAAAGAAAGAAACAGAUGGCCCAGCUUGUUGAGAUGGGGAUUGCUAUUCCACAAGAAUAUCGCGGCGACAUGGCCUUGACUGGAGAAUGGGAGACGGUCUCUGAAAAACAGCUUGACAUACCAGAGGGUGCCAGGUCUAUUGGUAUUCGCAAGCGCAAGCUUGAAGGAGAUGAAGACGAGGAAGGUGGACAGAUCCCCGAGCAAUAUGUGAACAAGGGGUGGGGAUCUAGGAUGAAGAUAUACCCCGGCGCAGAUGAUGGUGGCGAGGAGGAGGAUCUUGAUGCUCUGUUUGCGUCUACUCAAGAUUUGAAAAAGCCCAAAGUGGAUACAGAGGCAACCGGCUUAAAGGAGCAGGAAUCUUCAUUUACUUUGGCCCCGAAGAAAGAAGAGGAUAAUGAUGCUGAUGACCAAAUCGCUGGCUCGAAGGCUCCUCCUGCUGCCACAGAGCCCGAUAUGAACGAAUCAAGUCCGGUCAAGAAAGAGGAGGUAGAACUCUCUUCUAUACCACUUGCCAGUACAACUCUCGAAGGCGAAGCAGUUUCUAAAAGUGAGACGGUUACUGAAAAAGAGGAGGCACCAGGAGUUGUUUUCAAAAAGCGCAAAGCAAAGGUCAUGAGGAAAUGA